AUGGACGCCGGCCCGGUGCUCCGCAGGAUCGAGCGCCCGCUGCUCGGCGACGAGAAGCACCCGGAGCUGCUCGAGGAGCUGUUCGGCCUCGGCGCGAGGGCGCUCGUGGACGCGUUGCCGGACGUGUGGAGCGGCGCGGCGGCGUUCGACGCCGGGACGACGCCGCAGGAGUCGUACGGCGAGGCGUCGCACGCGGCCAAGGUGAGCGUCGAGGAGAGCGAGCUCGACUUCUGCGACGGCGAGCUGAGCGCGCGGAGGCUGCACGAUAAGGUGCGCGGGUUCGCGGGGUGGCCCGGGACGAAGGCGACGUUCGCGGUGCGGAAAGAGACGGAGGCCGCGGCGGACGCGAAGGAAGUGUCGUUGAAGAUCGUCACCACGCGCGUCGGCGGCGAAGGCGAAGGCGAAGGCGACGACGCGGCCGCGCGCGCGGCGGGGACGGUCGUGAUCAGGAAGGACUGCAUGCGCGUGCCGUGCGCUGGCGGCGGGUGGCUGGAGAUCACGGAGCUCCAGCCGCCGGGAAAGAAGGCGAUGAGCGCGAGGGAUUACGUCAACGGAUUGAAAGGCUCCGUCGUCGCGGUGAAGAAGACGACUACUUCUUAA